UUUCAACAGGGCCAAGAGAGAUAUUCAGAUAUCCAUUAUCCAUAUUGACGAGCAUCUCGUGUAAACCCGUUUUCCUUAAAAAGCCUACUCCGUCGGAGAUAGUUGCUCGGAGCUUUAACUCAUUCGGACUCGAUCACGUUCAGAGGCGAUGGCUUAUACCAGAGUUGAGAGGCCUGCUUCACCGCCCAAGUCGGCAUCCCCAGUUAAAGGUCGUAGGUCUAGGUCGAGAUCGAGAUCGAGAUCAUUAUCAGCCCCGAGGAGAAGCCGCUCAAGGAGCCGUGAUACUGAAGCUGCUUCCAAUCCUGGAAACAACCUGUAUGUGACUGGCCUAUCAACAAGGGUUACAAGUAGUGAUCUUGAGAAGUUCUUUAGCAGUGAAGGGAAGGUUGUUGAGUGCCAUCUCGUUACAGAUCCUCGAACAAAAGAGUCUCGUGGGUUUGGUUUUGUUACGAUGGAGACAAAUGAAGCUGCAGAUCGAUGUGUUAAGUAUCUAAACCGCUCUGUGCUGGAAGGUCGGCUUGUUACUGUUGAGAAGGCUAAGAGAAAACGAGGUCGGACACCAACUCCUGGAAGAUAUCAAGGUGUGAGAAAUACACGAGGAUCUGAUCGAAGACGAUCUCGUAGCUACUCACCCCGCCGACGGCACGACAGGGAUUCAUAUCAUGGGGACCGACGAGGAAGGUCACGGUCACCAUAUAAUAGGCGGGAUGAUGACUAUGGUUCCUAUAGAAGGCACCGGGACUGAUGCACAUCCCCUGGAUUUGGGCUGCACAAGAGGCCGUGGGUUCAGCUUGUGUUUUUACAAUUUCCUGGAUGCAUUUCUGUGGACUUAUCGGGCUUUCAAAUAUAUUAGAUAUUCCUAGUACUAUUAUGUUGCUCUUUUCUGACAGUCUACAAUUGUAAUGGAUUGAACAAUUCUCUUAGGUGUGGAUUGGUUAAGUGCUCUUGCAUGCAAAACUCUGUUAGUCUUCACUUCUGAGAGUCAACAUUUUCAGUUUUUGGUGCA